CAGGGGCGACAACGCAGUCAAGAUGAAGCAGGGCCUUCGGCUUCGGGUGAACAAAGCAGCACACGUGGUGAGGUGGUGAAAAAUUUUCGAAACCUGUUUGCCAGUUACUCGGCUGCAUCGCCAAGUCAGUCAUCUCACCCGCCACCUGCAAAAAGGCAAAAAAGCUUUUAUGUCCCAAAAGAAACAUGGACUCACGAAUUCUUUUGCCUGGCAGAUUGUGCUCGUGUAGAUUCUCCUUCACGAAAAGAAAAGUUGGAAUUACAAUUUGCCGGAUUAGGAAGGAAGAAAAUUGUGUUUGGGUCAAAGGAUAGCACCUUACAGGUGAAGACAAAAUUGGAGGAAGAAUUUCCAAAGCUUAAAAACGGAGGUGGAUUCGAAAUUCUCCGUAGUGGUUUUUCCCCUGGAAAGUCUUUAGUUCUUCUUAGGCCACCAGCGUCUGUUGGCAACUCCGUAGAAUUUCUGAGAGACGAAUCUGGUUUGGGGCAAGCAUUGGCCUAUAUUCGUCCUCUACAAAGAUCUUUAGACGUAAGCUUACAUGCCGAAGAGGUAAGUCGUUCUGCCAACAUAAACAUGUAA